AUGCGCUCGCAAGGACUUUUGGCGUCCACAUCGCACAGAUCCCACGGCUUCAGCAAGAAGCGACAGCCUUUCGAGCCCCGGGAGGAUUACUUCAAGGAUCCUGACGAUUGGGCUAGUCCGACUUACGGCAUGCCAGAGCUGUUCCACCAAUGCUUCGGGACAAGAAAAGAUGGAAAUGUUCUGCACUAUAUGACGUGUAUCGAGCUCAAUCUGCGAGCGUGGAGGGAAGAUGAUCUGGUAAUGCUUGAGUCCGCCUUCGAAAAAGCUCGAAGUGUGGUUUUUGUCGAGAAACGGACGCUGUCAGGCAAGCGAUUGGUUGGCUGGUGUAAUAGCGAUGGAUCGGUACCUGGGUACUGGUGGUAUGAAAAGGCUGGACUGCAGCUGUUGCCCUGUGAAGGGGAGACUGAGGACAAUGACCGCAAGAUGAUCGACAGACUCAUGGACUCAUGGCUUGAGUGA